GCCGCCACUAUUCUGUGACGAGUUUCCUCAACUAACUUCAAUAUGGUCUGUUGUACCUUUUCGGAUUGAUCUGGGUAAAACUUGGUAUAACGGAGGGGCAACAAAAUGUUGUCGAGAUUGGGUUUUCGUAAUGCUUGUGCUCAAAUAAAAUCUAUAAGCGCUCGUGGAGCUCAGACUAGCGCAUUAGUAUGCCCUGCAGAUGAUCCACGACGAAUGAAGCGUCCUGAGUCUCAUCCUCCUGUUAGAUUAGGAUUUAUUCCAGAAACCUGGUUUACAUUCUUUUAUCCUAAAACUGGUGUAACAGGUCCAUACAUGUUCUUAUUCAGUGUAUCAACCUAUUUAGUUUCUAAAGAAUGGUUUGUCUUGGAACAUGAGUUUUAUAAUGGACUCUCAUUACUUUCAAUUAUAAUGUUUGUUCAUAUUAAGUAUGGUGCAAAAAUUGGAGCAGCUUUAGACAAAAAGGUUGCAGAAUAUGAUGCUGAACUUGAGCAAACAAGAAUUGAUGAAUUAACAGAGCUUGAAAAGUCAGUGAAAGAAUUAGAAAAACAGAAAUGGAUGGCUGAUGCGCAAUUCUUAAUUUAUGAUAUUAAAAAACAGAAUAUAUUGGUACAGCUAGAAGCUGCUUAUAGGGAACGACUUGCAAAGGUUUACAGUGAGGUUAAGAAACGUCUCGAUUACCAGGCUCAAGUUGAAGCUGUGGAGCGCAGAAUUGCUCAGAGACACAUGGUACAGUGGAUUACAAACAGUGUACUAAAAGCUAUUACACCAGAGCUAGAAAAGGCAAAUUUAGCCCAGUGUAUUUCUGAUCUUGAAGCUCUUGCUGCCGCAAAAGCUUAAAAUUUUGCAUUCAACUACAAAAAGAAUAGGAAAAAUCUAGUGAACUUGAAUAGUUCAUUAUAACGAAUAUUACAAAAUAAUAUGCAGCAAUAUUGGAGAUCUACUACUGUUCAGUUAUUGUUUAUUAUUGCAUUGUAUAUUACAUAAUUGUAACAUCAAAAAUGAAUAAAUAUCACAAAAAAAUA